AUGGCAACACUGCAGAAAUUCAAGCUCUUAGCCACGCAGUGCGCCGUCGCCGCCAGCCCUACCAGAAGCCCCUCCGCCAGUCCGGUAAUCCACCUCCGCCGGAGGAAGACUCUCCGAAUGCUGCUCUUUCGCGGCGGAGGUGGCAGCGGCCGGAGGCAGCUGCCUUCGCCGCAACGCCCCACGGAUCGGAAGGCGAGCUCGCCGGAGAAUGGAAAGGAGCUUCUCGUUAGCAAUAAGCUCAAGGAUUUGUUCGUCUCGUCGCCGCCUCCGGCGAUGGGGGAGCAGCUCUCCGAAAAUGUGAGAGGAGGAUUGCCACCGUCGCCGAGCGGCGGCGACUUCCAGAGAGGCGUCCCCCGCCCUCUCCGGCCGCUGUCGGCUACGCUUCGCCAGCGCCUACUCCGACGAGCUUUUCGCCCUGUCCUCGUCGGCAUACCGGAGUAA